UCGGGGGCUGGGAAACUCCAAACAAAUCUCCACUAGACAGAAGCUGGAUAGGUGGAACAUUUCAAAAGACAGAGUCUAGAAGCGUAGAGAGUUUGAAACAGCAUUAGGGCAGAUCGGGUAGCAGUAAUUGUUAAGUGAAAGACAAGACGAGAAAGAAGUUACUGACAAAGAAAAUAGAAGCAUUGUGCAUUAAUAAAAGGAAGGUUGCAGAAAGAGGUGUCUUUUUUGGCAUUGAAGUGGCUUCUGUGGUCUCCACUGGUCAUACUGCUGAGGUCUGUACGGCCGGCAGAUUCCAGGAACGUGCCGACGGCAGUGAUAAAACCAUGAGGACUGAAGUUCAGGUUCCCGAAGAGAACACCAGACCCUUAAACCCAUCACAGCAACAAGCGGCUCGGCCCGGAAAACACAGAAAACUCAUGACGGCUCCAAAGACUCAGGCGGGGAAAAGGCCGAACAAGAAAAAGAUCAUCAUUACAGUCCUGAUAGUGGUGGUCGUCCUGGCCAUCUUGGCUGUGGCUGCUUACUUCAUCAAGCAGUUGAUCGAGAGCAAGUAUUAUUUUUGCUCCAAGUCAGUGAAGUUCAUUCCGCUGGAGAAGGCCUGUGAUGGGAAGGAGGACUGCAGCGGAGCCGAGGACGAGUCAGCCUGUGUCACCAAGUUUGGAGCCAACUCCACCUUCCCCCUACGGCUGAUAACAUCCCGCAAUGUGCUGCAGAUCUUCAGCCCUGAUGAGAAUAAAUGGAAAAGUGUAUGUUCAGACAGUUUCACCCAACAACAUGCUGAGACAGCGUGCAAGCAGCUGGGCUACUCAGUUAAACCCACUUACAGUGGAGUUCAAGUGGGUACACUGCCGACUGAUCUGAAGAUGUCUUUCUGUACGGUGGGCUCAUCUAAACCCCAGACCUUCCAGUCGACCGUAUCAGAUCUUAAAGUAUGCAGUAAGGGAGAAGUCGUUACAUUAACCUGCUCAGCGGAGUGUGGGUUGUCCAGAAACCAGGAGCGGAUUGUAGGCGGACAGGACGCUAUCAUUGAGAACUGGCCGUGGCAGGUCAGCCUGCAGAGCAUCGGCCAGCACACCUGUGGAGGGUCACUGGUGUCUCCAAACUGGGUCGUGACUGCGGCCCACUGCUUCAACGGGGAGGGUAGGAAGGCGCUGAUCCGAUGGAAGGUAGUCUCUGGAAACACUUACCUGGGCUCUGCUGAUGCUUCUUCUGUGGACAAGAUCAUCGUCCACAAAUAUUACACGUCAGGACACAACGACUAUGACAUUGCCAUGAUACGACUUGAGUCUCCCAUCACUGUAGGAGAAUCCCGCAGGCCAGUAUGUCUGCCACCUCAAGAUCUUGGUCUCAAAGGAGGAGAAAACUUAGUUGUGACCGGCUGGGGACAUCUGACAGAAAAAGGAAAGUUGUCUUCAAAGUUACAGAAGGCUCAGAUCCCUCUUGUAGACAGAGACCAGUGCUCAAGCCCCAUAGUGUACGGCGCUUCUCUCACUCCCAGGAUGAUCUGUGCUGGUUAUAUGACGGGAGGAGUGGAUGCAUGCCAGGGCGAUAGCGGUGGUCCUUUGGUCUAUUCAUUCAACCGCUGGAUGUUGGUGGGUGUUGUGAGCUGGGGUUUGGGUUGUGCCAGACAAGAUCAUCCUGGUGUUUACACCAAUAUGGACCAGAUGCUCGACUGGAUCCAUUCAGUCAUGAAGGAGUACCAGUGAGUCUGGGAUGGAGAGAAUAACAGUAAAAGCCACAGCACAGAUUUACAGAGAUCUUCAGUCCUCAGAAAGAAGAUAUUCUAUUGAUCCACACAAAUUUGUGAAGGAAUCGCUGUGGGAGUUUUGCUCAGGGUCUUAAAGGUGCCAUGAGAAAGUUUUUGCACACUGAAAUAUAUCAUGUAUGUACAGUAUAUAAUGAGAACACAAAUGCUAUCUUUUGUGCAUCUACCACUUUUUUUGGGACAGCAAUGCAAUCUUAAAGGGACAGCUUGUCUUUAUUUACUCACCCUCAUUGCUCCGAGUCAGUAAGACUUCCUCUCUUCUGGGAAAAAAACAAAAGAAGAUGAUUUGUAGAAUGUUCAAGCUGCAGAAUUCUUAGAAAAAAAAAAAGAAAAAAAAGUUCCAAAUGGGUUGAAGGGUCAAUCAAGUUCCAAAAUAGACAAAAAAUGUAACUCAAGGCUUCUGAAGUCAUAUGAUAGCUUUGUGUCUGGAACACACUACAGUUUAAAGUUUAUAUCAUGCCAUUUGCGUUUAAUGUUCGGAAAAGAGAAGCUUGGACAUUCUGCUGCAUUUCUUCCUUCGUGAGGAUGAAUAAAUCAUAAUAAUAAUAAUAAUAAUAAUAAUAAUAAUAAUAAUAAUAAUAAUAAUAAUAAUAAUAAACUGUCCCUUUAAAUCAAAGUGACGUCAAAUGGACUUUGAGACAACAGUCACAAGAGGGUGCUGUUUUUUUUUUUCUUUCUCUUUUAAUAUGUCUGUCUAUACUUGUACUGCAUGAGGUCUGAUGACUUAUAUUGGGUGCCAUGUUAUAUCUUGAAUUAAAGCCAGUGCUCAUUUACUAAAAUUCCAUGAUGCCUUUGAAACGCUUUACAAAUGUUGCAUAUACUAUUACAUAUUUAAUGAUAAUUUAUGACAUAAGAUACAGAGGCCAACUUAUUUUAUAUAGACUGGGAUUAAGCGCUCAAAAGAAGAGUGACACCUGUAUUUAACUGCUUUGUGUAUGUGAACGCCACAUUUCCCUUUGUGAGCCAUUAUUCAAUCUAAAUGAGUCACAGUCAGUCCCAUCUGGCUUUUCAUAUUUGUUCAGAAAACAUUUUUAAACUGCACACAAAGCUAAGAUGCGUCAUUCAACCUGUGUCCAUGCCUUGCAACUUGUUUAACUUAUUAAUGUUGGUUUUUAACUUAGGGUGGAUUCAGGUAAUUAGGGCUUUGUUGACCGUCAUGUCAAAAAAGUCGCCCAUUUUAUCUGAAUUCACCCUAAUUGUGAAAGUAAAGGAUAUUUCUUUGUAAAUAUUGUACAGAUUUGUGUUUGUCAUGUCAAAUUCAUUAUAUUAAAGUGAAGAGUGGUAAA